UGUGCUGUGCUUUAACCCGCUGCGCCACCAGGGAGGGCCCUUUAUUAUUAUUUUUAAACACAUGAAUGUUUAACUAAAAGCUUCAGGAGGCAUUGCAGAGACUGUUUCUGGCAAAUGGCCAUUAUAUUCUACUACUCAUUUUUUUGAGUAUGUUGUCUUGCUCUUGAGAAGGCAAUGGUGAAAGAACAUUUGAAAAGACCAUGGAACAAUAAGUCAAGGACUAGAUGACUGAAGACAGUCUGCUUUUUUUACUUUGUUGUCAUGUGGUUCCUAGCCGAGGUUUUCAGUUGUCCCAAAAUAGUCUGGAAAGGGAUGGGACUUUGAUAUCUGGGGUGAUUUUGUUUAAGGUGAGCUCAAUUAUUUCUACUAUCUUGAGAAGUUAGCUGUUUUUAUCUACAUUUCAUUACUUAAAUUUCCAUUUGUAUCUUCUUAAUGCUGCAUUUGUUUGAGUUGACAAACCGUCUUAUGGAAGUGUAUUUAAAGCAAUACAUAAGGAAUCUGGUCAAGUUGUGGCAAUUAAACAAGUACCUGUUGAAUCAGAUCUUCAGGAAAUAAUCAAAGAAAUUUCAAUAAUGCAGCAAUGUGACAGGAAGACGAGGAUAGAUUUGUAGUAAUCAGAGGGCUGCUUUAGCCCCAGUCAUAUCUAUGUUCCCAACAGAAAAGAGAAGGGAAGAAGCAGGAAAGAACUUUCCUAGAAACUCUCAGCUUAUGCUUUAUGCAUCGAAAUUGAAUCAGUUGGUGACUUUAAAACUGUUGAUGUUGGAGAAUCUGGACGCAUUGUCACCCCUGGUCAAGUCAGGACUCUGUUGUUAAAACAUCAUAAGCAACUUUGUCUUCCAACAUUAUCCCGUAUGUUGUAAAGUACUAUGGCAGUUACUUUAAGAAUACAGACCUCUGGAUUGUUAUGGAGUACUGCGGAGCUGGCUCUGUCUCGGACAUAAUUAGAUUACGAAACAAGACACUAACAGAAGAUGAAAUUGCAACUAUUCUGAAAUCAACUUUGAAAGGACUGGAAUACUUACACUUUAUGAGAAAAAUACACAGAGAUAUAAAAGCUGGAAAUAUUCUCCUCAAUACAGAAGGACAUGCAAAACUGGCAGAUUUUGGAGUGGCUGGUCAGUUAACAGAUACCAUGGCAAAACGCAAUACUGUGAUAGGAACUCCGUUUUGGAUGGCUCCUGAGGUAAUUCAAGAAAUAGGCUAUAACUGUGUGGCUGACAUCUGGAGUCUUGGCAUUACUUCUAUAGAAAUGGCUGAAGGAAAACCUCCCUAUGCUGAUAUACAUCCAAUGCGGGCUAUUUUUAUGAUUCCCACAAAUCCACCACCAACAUUCAGGAAGCCAGAACUUUGGUCGGAUGACUUCACAGAUUUUGUUAAGAAGUGCCUAGUGAAGAACCCUGAGCAAAGAGCUACUGCGACACAACUUCUACAGCAUCCUUUUAUCAAGAAUGCAAAACCUGUAUCAAUUUUAAGAGACUUGAUUACAGAAGCUAUGGAAAUCAAAGCUAAAAGACAUGAGGAACAACAGCGGGAACUGGAAGAAGAGGAAGAAAAUUCGUGUUUUUGCUCACAGGAUGAAGAUGAGCUGGAUUCCCACACCAUGGUGAAGACGAGUUCAGAAAAUGUGGGCACAAUGCGGGCCACAAGUACUAUGAGUGAAGGAGCCCAGACUAUGAUUGAACAUAAUAGCACUAUGUUAGAGUCUGACUUGGGGACCAUGGUUAUAAACAGUGAAGAUGAGGAAGAAGAAGAUGGAACUAUGAAAAGAAAUGCAACUUCACCACAAGUACAAAGACCAUCUUUCAUGGAUUAUUUUGAUAAACAAGAUUUCAAGAAUAAAAGUCAUGAAAACUGUAAUCAGAACAUGCACGAACCCUUCCCCAUGUCCAAAAAUGUUUUUCCAGAUAACUGGAAAGUCCCUCAAGAUGGAGAUUUUGAUUUUCUAAAAAAUCUAAGUUUAGAGGAACUACAGAUGCGAUUAAAAGCGCUGGACCCCAUGAUGGAACGAGAAAUAGAAGAACUUCGUCAAAGAUACACAGCAAAAAGACAACCCAUUCUGGAUGCGAUGGAUGCAAAGAAAAGAAGGCAGCAAAACUUUUGAAUCUAAUUUCUGUAACUAUUCUGGAAACCAAGAAACCACUAAGAACUAAAGGAAUAUUAUGUGUUGUUUUAAUCCCUAAAGAUUUGUGCUUUACAACUACACAACAGCCAAAAAAACUAAGGAUGGUACAUACCCAGGUUAAUUGCCACAAGACAGAAUUCACAACUGUAUCCAUUGUGGUUUUUUUUUUUUUAAUUAUAGAAAUAACAAAAAUGUAAUAUGUAUGUCUGUUAACUGCAUGCUUGCCUUAAGGCUGUUGUAAAGCAAAGGCUGUGUGUAUAGAGAUCUUGAAAAUCUAAAGCUGUUGUUUAAUUGUACAGCACUGAAGGGUUUUAUGUCCCAAUAGUCUCUGUUCUUACCUAAUAGCCUAUUUAUUGUAUCUCUUUAGGUAAAUUUAUUUAUUUAUGCAAUGCUAUUUCACUUUGUUUUGUUUUUUAAGGACAAGAUCAGGAUAACAUGGUAAAGGUAAGAAGUGAUUAAUAGAUGAUAAUGAACAAUCAAAUUAUAUUUUAAGAAGAGAACAGUGGGAUACAAUCCUUGAUUUCCAGGAUAGUUUACCAAUAGAAACAAAGCAAUAAUAGCUAUAGUACCCAAAUGGUCAGACAUUUUUUUUGUACUGAAGCAAUAAUUCCAUUUUUACCUUCUGAAAUCUUAAUUUUUUUAUGUUUGAUACAAAUAGAACUAUAUAUUUAGGUCAGAAAGAGAUAUAAUAUUUGAAACCAAAGAAAUCAAUGAAACUCUUGCACAAAAAUAUGUGGUAAAUAUUUUAAAAGAAAUAAAUCCUUAAGACAAAUAUAAUUUGUUAAUAUUGUUUCAUGUGUAGGUCUGAUAGUUAAACUGUCUCUAACUGUAAUAAGCUCAUCAAACUUAUUUCUCUGAAAAUGUGCUCAAUUGUCACAGGACUUUUUUGUUGCUUUCAUUUAUUUCCUGGGAAUUGGUAAACAUCAUGUGCCUGACGAUAAAGAAAUAGAAAAUACAUUUGUACUGAACUGUGUAAGCCUUAGAGACUGAAAAAAAAAAUUAAAACCAUUAAAAAGAAACUCAUUUCUAAACUGAACGAACAUUUGUAUGAUUGAACUGGGACCAGUCAUUUCCUGAGCUACAUAUGGCCAUCUUGACAGUGUUUGUUCUUUUGUGUGUUUAAUUACUACAUGUAAAUCAUAAAGACAAUAAAUUUUACUGUGUCAUCCA